GCUGAUUGAAAUGAGAAAAACCAAGUCCGUCCGUGCACAUGCGAUCGAGGAACAGUGUUAAAGAUCCGAGACGAGGAGUAGGCGAGGAGAGCAGCAUGCAUGCAAACGAAGUAUCAAGAAAAUGUCUACGCAGGAUGGGAACGGGGAUGGGGAUGGGGGAGAUGGUACAUCUUGUGGGGGUGUCAGCUUCUACCAGACCAAAGACCAGAGACCGAAGGCCAAAAAAAAAACGAGUGUGGUCGCGCGCCCGACUAAAUAUUCAGGCCGCCAACGAACAAAAACUGUCAAAAAUCGAACGAGAACACGCGGCGCCGCGCCCGGCCAGCGAGACGAAGCGACGAAUUCGCGGAACAGCAGAGUCGCAAAAACGGAAGAAAUGAAACCGGCCAGCGGAGCGCGACGCGCAGGACAAAGAGGUUAAAAGGGAGUGUGGGCGCCAUGGAGCGUAUAGCGUAACCGAAAAAAAGGGUCGAACUGGCAGGAAGAGCGGAUGACGAUGGCGUAGCAGACUUAUACGUAACAAAAAAGAGCGUGAGGGACGGCGAACGUACGAUCGACCAGUCGAUAGAUAAACGAGCCUGAAAAACGAAAAAUGAAGAACGAAGAACGAAAAGUUGAAAAAUACGAAAUAGAAGCAAGGGACGGGAAGGGAAAAAAAGGAAAUUAAUAACGAUGCUGAUGUAUGCGCGAACACCAUGUAAUGCGAUAUGCACGGGACCGGAGCAGGAAGCAGGAAGCACGAAACGGAGAACAGAGAACGAUCCGAAAAUAAAAGAAAAAGAAAAGAUGCUACGGACUU